UCGAGUCCGCCUCUCCGCGCCCCUGCUUCCCAUUGACGCACUUUUUAAGCGUCGUCCUCUUCUCCACCUUAAGGCGAGCAGCAGCAGCAGCAGCAGCAGCAGCAGCGGCGGCGACCAAUCACCAUGCCAUUACAGCCUUCAGAGGAAGCUGUUUAUGGGACUGCAGCGCUAAUUAGGCUCAUGAACUAACAAAUCUGCCUGCACGAACCCGGCGAGGAAAACGAUCACAUCCAUGGAUUAGUCUGGGAGUAGCCGAGCACUUUUUAUUCCUGGCUUCCUCGGCGCUACACUGCCUUUCCCCCCCCCCCCAACUUGUUUUUACUGCGCAGAAACUUUCCCCCUUUUCUUGGGUGUGGAGUAUUUUUUAAGCGAGAGCGCCUCGACGACUUUCUCUUAAACUGGGGAACCUGGACUAUCAGACCAUGUUCCAACCGACACCCAAGAGGUGUUUCACUAUAGAGUCUUUGGUGGCGAAGGAUAAUCCCGUACCGGCGUCCCGCUCCGAGGAGCCCAUCAGGCCGGCGGCUCUCAGCUAUGCAAACUCCGGACAGAUGAACCCCUUUCUGAACGGCUUUCACUCCGGCGGCAGGGGCGUCUACUCUAACCCGGACUUGGUGUUCGCCGAGGCGGUCUCUCAUCAGCAGAACUCCGUCCCGGUGCAUUCGGUGGCCCCGCCGCACGCCCUGGCCGCUCACCCGCUUUCCUCGUCGCACAGUCCGCACCCUCUUUUCGCCAGCCAGCAAAGGGACCCUUCAACUUUCUACCCCUGGUUAUUACACAGAUAUAGGUACUUGGGCCACAGAUUUCAAGGUAAUGAAACGAGUCCAGAGAGCUUCCUUUUGCACAACGCGCUGGCCAGAAAGCCCAAAAGAAUCCGGACAGCCUUCUCCCCCUCGCAACUCCUGCGGCUCGAACACGCGUUCGAGAAAAACCAUUACGUGGUGGGAGCAGAGAGAAAACAGCUCGCCCACAGCCUUAGCCUCACAGAAACUCAGGUAAAAGUGUGGUUUCAGAAUCGGAGGACGAAGUUCAAGCGACAGAAGUUGGAGGAGGAGGGCUCGGAGUCUCAGCAGAAGAAGAAAGAUCUCCGGAGAUCGGCAGCUGAGGGUGAGAGAAACCCGACUGGUGGCACUGAUGUCACCACGUGGGUCUGUCAGUCCGAAUGACCCGGGACAGAGUGACUGACAGCGGCUCAGUCCACCUGCCUGCGCCCUUCCACGCACCGACCACCACCACUGCACCCCCCCCCCCCCCCCCCCCCCCCCGCCCCAUCCAUCUUCAACCUCCAAUUAUUAUUUUUCUCCAAUUCAUUUUGGACGUUUGCACUUCUGAAGUUUUUUUUUUUUAAUAUAAAAAAAACGUUUCCACCCAAGAUACCAAAACACCAAAACUGCUUUUGUAAAACUUGAAUUGCAUGAUAUAGUUUUUUUUUCUCUUCCCGCUAGUCGUUUUUAAUUUGACAACUUUUUUUUCCUCAAACCAAGAAAAGAAAAAAAGGAUCCGUUUUGUUUUAGACUCUAUUUUCAAACUGAGAGAUGUCGUGCUUCUUCCUUUUUACAAAGUGUGCCGUCUUUAAUUAAUGAUUCUCGUGUAAAAGUGAUUGUGAAAAAAACAUAUGAAGUAGCGGUGCUGCGUUAUAGUGACUUUUUUUUUUCUUUUUAAAGAAAAGAGAAACAGAAAGUUGAAUUUCGGUUGAAAAAAAAAAAAAAUCUAAAAAGUGAACCAGACCACGGAUAGAAGUAGGGAAGGUAUCAGGACAUUCCUUUAACCUAAAGCUUUACCAAUGUGUCGCCGCGGCCCCACGCAGCCCCCGUCACGACUGGACCCUCCAGUGAAAGUUGCCACGAAGGACUUAAAAGCAAGAAUUGAGGACAACAACAACAACAACAACAACAACAACAACGAACAAAAGACAAACUUCAAGCACUGAGCGUAUUCCAUGUACAGACAUGCUAAAAGUUAAUGUUUCUGUUGACCCCCCCCCCCACCCUUUUACAGAAUGUACAUAUUUUUUGUGUUUGUGUUAAGUUUGCUACAAUUUUAACACAAAGUAUACUUCCAAGAAGUAUGUAAUUGUCAAUAUUUUGUCAAUAAAGUUUUAUCAAUAUGUGGCG